AUGGUGAUUCGGGGCCCUCAGUGGUGGCUGGGCGGCGCGGAGGCUGGCAGGGGAGGGGGAGGCGCGUCGACGAGCGGCAGCGGCUUGGCCACGCCGAUGCGCACCACGCCGCGCCCUCAGUGGUGGCUGGGCGGCGCGGAGGCUGGCAGGAGAGGGGGAGGCGCGUCGACGAGCGGCAGCGGCUUGGCCACGCCGAUGCGCACCACGCCGCGCCCUCAGUGGUGGCUAGGCGGCGCGGAGGCUGGCAGGGGAGGGGGAGGCGCGUCGACGAGCGGCAGCGGCUUGGCCACGCCGAUGCGCACCACGCCGCGCCCUCAGUGGUGGCUGGGCGGCGCGGAGGCUGGCAGGGGAGGGGGAGGCGCGUCGACGAGCGGCAGCGGCUUGGCCACGCCGAUGCGCACCACGCCGCGCCCUCAGUGGUGGCUGGGCGGCGCGGAGGCUGGCAGGGGAGGGGGAGGCGCGUCGACGAGCGGCAGCGGCUUGGCCACGCCGAUGCGCACCACGCCGCGCCCUCAGUGUGGUGGCUAG